UGGCAUCACUCUGGCUUCACUCCUCAACAAAACAACAACUUCUACAACCAUGCGUUUCAUCUCAGUACUGACGGUGUUGGCCGUGAUGGUGGCCGUUGCCUAUGGUGCUCCCGGCGUCAUAUAUAGUCGAGGCUUUGGGGGUGGUCUUGGAGGAUUUGGUGGUGGAUUUGGAGGCGGUCUGGGUGGAUUCGGCGGUGGACUUGGAGGAUUUGGCGGUGGUCUAGGCGGAUUCGGCGGUGGACUUGGAGGAUUUGGCGGUGGCUUUGGUGGAUAUGGCCGCCGAUAUGGAUAUGGUUAUGGAAGGUGAAGCUCCCGGCUCCUGUAACUGACUGGAUCUGACCACAGAUGUCGUCACUGGUUCAUGACCAGUGACGAUAUAAAUUUUAAAUAUAAUACCUCUACAAACA